AUGAGAGGCCGUCCAAGCUAUUCUGGAGUGCGAAUAGCCUCUCUUUCGCUUAUCUUACUACUACUUUCACAAUGUAGUACUAUCAUUCAAGGUUACAAGUUUGCCUUGGUGCCCAAACGAGUCAACAGUAUCUUCUUUGCCGCUACCAAAGAUGGUUGUAUGGAUCGUGCCAAGUUUUUGUCCUCGCAACAAGGCGUCGACAUUGAAUGCCUCUAUACAGGACCCUCGGACUUUGAUCCCGAUGGUACCCAACAAGCCGAGAUUGUCCAAUCUCUCAUUGAUCAAGGAGAUAUUGAUGGCCUGUCUAUUAGCAUUCUCAAAGCGGAACCCAUGAGACCCGUCAUUCAAAAUGCGAUUGCCAAGGGAAUCCCCGUCGUGACCUUUGACAGCGACGAUCCACAAAGUGGAAGAGCAAGUUAUAUUGGCACGGACAAUUUCUUUUUUGGGGAACAGUUGGGCAAAGUCUUGAUUCAAAUCAAACCCACGGGUGGGAAUUACAUGAUUCUAUCGGACCAGACUCCCAAUGUCAUGGCAAGAGAGAAUGGAGUCCGAGCGUCCUUGCAACAAGAAGCCAAGACAGUCUGGAACGAAUUGAGUGGUGUGAGUCCACUUGAUGCCAAAGGGAAUUAUACUUAUGCGAUUGACUUGAUGCGAAAUGCCAUUCGCAACCACAACGUCACCGCCAUUGUGCCAGUGGUGGGAGGUCCCAUGUUUUUGGGCGACCUUUGGACCGAAUUGGUAGAGGAGUUUCCAAAGGUGAUCUUUGUCGUGGCCGACGGACUCCAAGUCCAAUUGGAUUUCUUGGCACGAGGCAAGGUGGCGGGGUUAGUUGCGCAAUUGCCCUACAAUAUGGGUUCCAUGAGCAUGGAUUCACUUUUCAGCUUGAAAACACUGGCCUUGGCGGGACAUGAGGCCAAGAUUCCGGAUUUCCAAGGGACCAACGUGUUGGAACAUGUCAUGGUGCCCCUAAUUUUGCCGGAUCUUACCGUCAACCAAAAUCACUUGGGAGAUUUGAAAUAUAUCGGAUUUGCCUUGUUUGGAGUCAUUUGCUUGACUAGUCUCUUCUUUUUGAGCUGGACCUUUGUCAAUCGAUCGGUGCGUGUGGUGCAGGCCGCACAGCCGGGGUUUUUGGCAUUGGUGGCGGUGGGAGUCUUGAUCAUGGGGUCCUCCAUUCUGCCACUUAGUUUUGAUGAUUCGGCUUCCGACUAUACACAAGAACUGGGAGACCUUCGGUGCAUGACCAUUCCAUGGAUGCUCUUUAUUGGAUUCACCUUGAUAUUUGCCGCACUCUUUGCCAAGUUAUGGAGAAUCAAUCAUCUCUUUCAAUCGAGUGCCCGUUUCAAGAGGGUUACAUUGAAGGCCACGGAUGUGAUGAUUCCAAUGGGAAUUUUGUUGACGGCCAACGCGGCAACACUACUAUGGUGGACUCUAGCAGAUCCACUAACCUUUCGGCGCUCGGACUUGGAAGGAACCGAUGCCUGGAAUCGAGUCAUUGCUACCUGGGGAGGAUGUCUCUCCGACGACCCUUUCCCUUAUUCCAUGGUGCUCGGGUUAUUGAAUGUGGGAGUCAUGGUAGUCGCUAGUUGGCAGGCAUACCGUGCUCGAAAAAUCAAGAGUGAAUUUGCAGAAUCCAAGUUUGUGGCCAUGGCGUUGGUAUCCAUGUUACAAGUGUCUUUGAUUGGGAUGCCCUUGCUAGUAUUGGUACGAAAUGAUCCCAGGGCGUGGUACUGGACCAUGUCUUUGAUGAUUUUCAUCAUUUGCAUGGUGGUGCUAUUGGUCAUUUUCAUCCCCAAGAUGAAUCACGUUCGGAAGCAUGCCAUGCACAACGAUGCAUCCCAACGAAAAAUCAUUGCCGACUCGAUUCGACAAACACAGAACAACUUGAAUUCCGACUCUCAAGCAAGAGGAAGCCAAACCUUGCACAGACGAUCCGUGCCGUAUUCCAACGAUCUUUCAACAUCCUUUGUUGGCACCCUUGGCGCCAAUGACGGCAGCAAUCAUUGGAUGGCCAAGGAAAGUAGUGCAGUACCAUCUGCUGCUAGUUCAGUAUCCAGUCACGCCAGUCAAUCAACGCCACAGGGAUCGCCGGAGCGUUCCUCCUUGACACCCCCCAUCGGAUUGCCAGCAGUACCGGAAUUAUCGUUGGACAAUCCAGAGCCGUCGAGUACAGCAAGUAUCAUUGCACCCGGAAGCAUCAAGUCCUACCUGGGUGGUCCAUCUAGUAGUAACAGCACCAGCAGAAAUGAAGAAGCCAAUAACGAGGCAAGAAACGAGACCCCGCCUACUUCCGACGAAGAUCGUAGCGGAGGACUUGAGGAUGACAAUGUCUAG